AUGGUGGCACCGAAAAAGUCCAGCCAGUCUCAUACACCUAAAAAGACAACCUCGCAUUUAUCCAAAAAGCCAGUCAAGGCCAAUCAAAGUAUCCUUAGCUUUUUUAAAAAGGCUGAAAAACAUGAGGCCUCUCUGUUUCUCGGGGCUGCGCCGGACCCUAUUGAGCACGAAGACCUCUACAAUGCCGAUGACGCCGACGACUCGAUUCGAUGCAACGAGGCCGAAUCACCCAAUAAAAAGAGGAAACUGAGCGAAGAACCGGAACAAUUGCCCAAGGUCAAAAUUUCCGUAAACGCUGAACAGGUGGCCGGGGCUGAAGACCGAUUCUCAACCGCAAAGUAUGAUGGCGAACCCCCACGGAAGUCAACAAAAUCCAAAAUCAAGACGCCAUUCGUGAUGGACUCGGACAGUGAGGAUGAGCCCGAAAACGAUAUUAUGGCCACAAACAACAAGCCUGAAAAUAACGGCCAAUGUACGGAGCUUUCCCCGCAAAACGAGGUCCAGAAGGACGGUUUUACUAAGAUCGAUGAAAAGAAGGAAGCAGAUAUUACCACACAAGCCUUGAAACGGGAAGAUUCAACAUACCAACAAUUCGGCGACAUCGGAGAAGUAGUAGACGAGGAGUUCCCAGAUCUGAACGAUCUCGAAGGAGAGGAAAUGCGAGUAAUGCGUUACAUGAGAGAGCAAGCUAGGUUAGAAGCGGAGGAAGCUGGGAUUUCAAGCGAAGACCUGGCCGAUGACCCCCUUGACGAUAAUCAUAUGACAGAGUGUUGUCCUAUAUGCAGUGGGAGCCUGGUGGGGAUAUCCAUCGACGAAGCAACGCGGCAUGUCAAUUCCUGCCUUGAUGGACACCCGAUCCCGUUGCCAAAACCGGAGCAAACACCAGAACGAAUCAAGUUGGAGAAGCCAAUUUCAGCGAUUCCUGACUCGACCCCUGAGGUCGAAUCGACCGACGUCAGCAAAAGAUUUGCACGGGCUGCUGUUCCCAGGCCCGGUCAGGCGAAUCCUUUCGAAGUUAUAAGUUCUGGCCCGGCACCGAAGUCGGCUUUCUCGAAACUCAUGUCCAAUAAUGCCGAGGAUUCAGCAUGGCAAGAGGCUGCUGCUGCUGAGCACGCUUCCCGAGGAAAGCAAGCAUAUGAGAGGACGUGCCCUUUCUACAAGAUAAUGCCUGGGUUUUCCAUUUGCGUGGACGCUUUCCGGUAUGGCGCCGUCCAGGGUUGCAAAGCAUAUUUCUUGAGUCAUUUUCACAGUGACCACUAUAUUGGUCUUACAGCAAGAUGGUGUCACGGUCCUAUUUACUGCAGCAAAGUCACGGGCAGUCUUGUCAGAAAUCAACUUCGUACAGCGGCAAAAUGGGUUGUAGAGCUUGAAUUCGACAAAUCCUAUGACAUACCAGGGACAGAAGGCGCGAAAGUAACGAUGAUACCAGCAAAUCAUUGUCCAGGAAGCUCUCUCUUCCUUUUUGAAAAGACUAUGAAGCAAGGCUCCAACAGCCGUAUUCAACGCAUAUUACAUUGUGGAGACUUCCGUGCUUGCCCUGCGCAUGUCAACCAUCCCCUUCUCAAGCCAGAGGCUAUUGACGCAAUCUCUGGAAAGUCCAAGCAACAAAAGAUUGAUAUCUGCUACUUGGACACCACGUAUCUCAAUCCACGAUAUUCUUUUCCACCCCAGAAUGAUGUUAUAAAGGCCUGUGCCGACCUUUGUGGCUCAUUGUCUCCUGAUCCCAAUUGCAAAGACGAUAUUUGGGAAAAAGCUGGCGGACAAGGAACUCCAGCAGUCAGCAAGUUCUUCCCAAACACAAAACCGGAUGGGACCGCAAAAGUGGACAAUAAAAAGAAACACCCUCAACGGCUGCUCGUAAUCUGCGGAACGUACUCCAUUGGAAAAGAACGCAUAUGCAUCUCCAUUGCUAAAACACUCAAGUCCAAAAUCUUUGCAUCACCUGGCAAGAUCAAGAUCUGUAAACAGCUGGACGACCCAGAGCUCACGGCACUCCUUACAUCUGAUCCCCUCGAGGCACAGGUGCAUAUGCAGAUGUUGAUGGAGAUUCGUGCAGAAACUCUCCAAGAGUACCUGAACAGCUAUAAGCCGUACUUUAGUCGUAUUGUCGGACUUCGGCCAAGCGGUUGGAACUUCCGACCAGCAGGUAAAACCAUCGGUGCGAACACACCGCCUGGCAGCAUUCAUAUUCAGCAGAUCCUCCACGACAAGGGCUGGCGAACACGAUUUGGAUAUAAGGAUUUUGUUCCGCAGAGAGGCAGUACCAAGGAAGCCAUGUGCUUUGGGGUUCCUUACUCAGAACACAGUAGCUUCCGAGAGCUCGCUAUGUUUGUUAUGAGUUUGAGAAUAGAGAAAGUCAUCCCGACAGUCAAUGUAGGGAGUGAACAGUCAAGAAAGCGCAUGAAGGGUUGGGUAGACCGCUGGCUUUCAGAAAGAAGACGGGCUGGAUUGGUAAUGCCGCUCAUUGAAGGUGAAGACGAUGACAGGGUGCCGGACCAGGAACUCUGGGACGGUAAACCUGGUAAAGCUGGCGGAGCAUUUUGGUGA